AAAGUACGAAUAUAAACUGAAAUCAGAGAAAAUCAGCUGCCUCUUUUCAAAGUCGUAAAUAAAAACCCUAACUUACCACUUGAUCAUUCGCCAAAUCUCCCAAUUACAAAACCAUCGUUCCCCAUUUUUAAAACAAUAACAAGCCUUGGAAUUUAUCAGUUUGGAUCCAAAUCUCAGAGAUGAGGCGCUAUCUCAUGUUUCUCUUGUUCAUGAUGCUGAUAUUAUCACCAUUAAUAAGGGAUGUCUGGGGCAUAGCGAUCUCCGAGACCGCCCUUCCCGUUGAGAGCAGCCAGAUUCCCAAGCUAUACAAAUCUUUUUUGCCCCCAAAACCUAAACAAGAUGUAGCAAUAGUGGUCGCAUUGGAUGGAAAUGUACAUUUUAUCGACACUAACUCAAGGAAAAUUCGCUGGUCUUUUUCAUCUGGGAAGCCGAUUUAUUCUUCUUACCAGGCUACUGUCAACGACGAUGAUAGGCAUAAUGCCUCUGAACUGAUUAACGACUUAUAUUAUAUCGAUUGUGGGGAUGAUUGGGAACUCUACGUGCAUAGUAAGCGCUUUGGCAAAUUGCAAAAACUCUCAUUGAGUGCUGAAGAAUAUAUUAAGAUGACACCACACAUAUCAGAGGAUGGAGAAAUUACACUGGGAUUAAAGAAGACCACUGCAUUUCUGGUUGAUGCCAAGACUGGACGUGUGGUUCGCACUUAUGGGUUGGAUAGUUCUCCUUCCACAUUAAAUGCUCAGACUGCUGAAGAAAAUGCUCUUUUGUUGGCAAAAGAUGCUCAAUUGAUAGAAUCUGUUGCUGCUGACUUGGGAACAACUCAGCAUCUGAUUUACAUAACAAGAACAGAUUAUAUGCUGCAACACUAUUCUCCAAACUCCACUGAAGUGUUAUGGAAUGUUGCAUUUGCUGAUAUUGAGGCUGAAUUUCGCUGUCAAGGAUUUAAAAGUUCCUUAGGUAGAGCUUCUCCAAGUGUAGAUGAGGAAAUUGAUGAUAUUCAAUUUCCUUGUCAGAUGAGGACUCCUGUCCUUCGAAUUCGUGAUUACGGCGUGUUAGAAUUUGAUAAGCUAGCGAUUGCUUAUAUUGGAGGUGGAGAUCAUUUUCUGCCUGCCCCAGUUCACAUGCCUCCCUUAGGACCUGCUAAUGUAUUUCCACUGGCUCUCCCUGCUAAUGAAGACAAGCCUAUGCUUGCUUUGCCUUCAUCUGAGGCCAAAAACCAUGGGAUUUUUGGUUUGCUCGGUGGAAAUGCUGGUGAAAUGAACAGCACAAGUUUAGCUUCUGAAAUUAUAGCAAAGCCUCAUACCUGGCCUGUUAUUUUUGCCAUUUUUUCCAGUAUCAGUUCCAUCUUUUAUGGUUAUUUAACAUUUAGAAAGCAGAGUAAAUUGAAUAAGUCAGUUGAGGAACUUAAAUCACAAGCUGGGAGUGGGAUGCCCAAAAAGAAGAGAAGUAAGAGAUCAGGAAGCAACAGAAAUGGUCCCAAUAAUGAGACAAGGGAGAAAUAUCCCCCUCUUGAGAAUAAGGCUGGAGACACCAUUGGAGUUUCACACAUUGAAAAGAAGGAAAAGAAGCUGUUGUUAACCUUUGCUGAUGUUGUUGAUGGUCGUGUAGAUGGGCGCAGGAUUGGUAAAUUACUUGUUUCUAACAAAGAAAUUGCUAUAGGGAGUAAUGGUACAGUUGUGCUUGAGGGAAUUUAUGAUGGUCGUCCUGUAGCUGUUAAACGCCUUGUGCAGACGCAUCAUGAUGUGGCCAUAAAAGAGAUUCAGAACCUUAUUGCUUCUGAUCAGCAUCCAAAUAUUGUUAGAUGGUUUGGAGUGGAGUAUGAUCAAGAUUUUGUUUAUCUUUCUUUGGAGCGAUGCACUUGCAGCUUAAAUGACUUUAUUUAUGUGUAUUCUGAACCUUUUCAAAGUCGAAUGCUUUCCAAGGAUGCAGAUUUCAACUGCUUGCCUGAAUGCACUGUUCAACUACAUUCAAUGUUGGAACAUAGAAGAAAUGUUGAAUUAUGGAAGUCAAAUGGACAUCCUUCAAUACAUUUAUUAAAAUUGAUGAGAGAUGUGGUUUCUGGUCUUGCUCAUUUGCAUGAACUUGGAAUUAUUCAUCGGGACUUAAAGCCUCAAAAUGUUUUGAUAAUCAAUGAGAAAUCUUUUUGCGCAAAGCUUUCUGAUAUGGGCAUUAGCAAGCGCCUUGUUGGAGACAUGUCUUCCUUGACCCAACACACAACUGGUUAUGGGAGUUCGGGCUGGCAAGCACCUGAACAACUAUUGCAUGGACGCCAAACACGUGCAGUAGACUUAUUUAGCUUAGGCUGUGUUCUAUUUUUCUGCGUCACAGGAGGAAAGCACCCUUUUGGUGACAAUAUUGAACGUGAUGUAAAUAUUGUGAAUGACCGAAAAGACCUGUUCUUGGUGGAGAAUAUACCAGAAGCUGUGGAUCUAUUUUCUUGCCUCUUGGAUCCUAACCCAGAUAAGAGGCCAAAAGCUCAGGAGGUAUUGAACCAUCCUUUGUUCUGGACUUCUGAGAAAAGACUCUUAUUUCUUCAGGAUGUCAGUGAUAGGGUUGAACUGGAAGAUAGGGAGAAUGAAUCGGAACUCUUAACUGCAUUAGAGACUGUUGGAACAAUGGCAUUGAAUGGGAAAUGGGACGAAAAGAUGGAAGCUGCAUUUAUCAACAAUAUUGGUCGGUACAGGCGGUAUAAGUAUGAUAGCGUCCGUGAUUUGUUGCGGGUAAUACGCAACAAGUCACAUCACUAUAGGGAACUUCCUCAAGAAAUCAAAGAAAUAUUAGGAUCUCAUCCAGAAGGAUUUGAGAAUUAUUUUUCAUGCCGAUUUCCAAAACUCUUGAUCGAGGUUUUCAAAGUUAUUUAUAGGUACUGCAAAGAGGAGGAAUUCUUUCGUAAAUUCGUAGAGUGCAGUGUAUUCUAGAGAACCCCCUGCCCCUAUAUGAUCCUCUUUUCCCUCACUAGGUUUGAGUUUUAAGUAAUUAUAAACAGAAAUUGUACCGUGUUGUAACAGAAAUUGUAUCAUAUAACUAUUCAACCUGUUGUACAUAUCAAUUAUUUUACUAAUUUACGUUCUUGUAACGCUCA